AGGAGCCGCCGGCCGCUUCCGGGGGUCGGGCUCCGGCCCGGCGCGCUGCGGCGGGCGAGGCGACCGGGAGGCAGGACGUGUCCCUCGCGCUGCGGUGCCGGGUUCGGCCUCGGAGCCCAGCGGCGGGGGCUCCGACGAGCUGGGAGGCGAGGGGGCCCCGGCGUGAAGGCCCCGCGGAGGCCCGGCCUCAGGGCCGCCUACGCAGGACCCCGCCCGGCUGCCGGGCGCCUCCGGGGACCGAGCCCGGGCCGCGGGCGCCGUGGGAGCCGGAGUGCGACUUCGCCCUCCGUUCCGCCAAGUUCGCAUGAGAAAAGGGCACGGUUUUUCUGACGGGAUUCCUCACUGCUUCUCUCCCGGCAGUGGCGGCGGAAGUACUCGAGUCCGGAAAACCCGGCGCCCACAGAUUCUGUUCGCUAGAAUGCCCUCAGAAGUCUCCAGUUUGCACUCCAGCAGAAGCCAGGCAGGAUGGCUGUGGACACAAGAAAGUCUGCUGGCCAGUUGUUCGAAGCCGGAUGGGUCGGCAGGGGCCUGAGAUGGUGACGGUGGAGUUGGAGGAGGACCACCCAGGGAUCAGGCUCUCAGCUUUCCGGAGGACCAGCCCCCCUGCUUGGGAGAUUUUCAGGCAACAGUUCAAACACUUCUGCUACCAGGGUUCCCUUGGACCCCGUCUGGCCCUGAGCCGGCUCCGGGAGCUCUGCUGUCAGUGGCUGCGGCCCAACACCCACAGCAAGGAGCAGAUCGUGGAGCUGCUGGUGCUGGAGCAGUUCCUGACCAUCCUGCCCGAGGAGCUGCAGGCCUGGGUGCGGGAGCAGCACCCCGAGAGCGGGGAGCAGACAGUGACCAUGCUGGAGGAUCUGGAAGGAAAGAGAAAUGUACAAGUAGGAAGACACUGGUCUGAUAUGGUUGUGGAAAGCUUGGAACAAAGCUUUCUCAGUUGUGGAACUCAGAGAACAAUGGGAAAACCCAGCAUUCAGCAGGGAACUGAGCUUCUCGCUAAGCCAGCCCAGUAAAGAGGGAAAGUGGGGAACAGCAGAUUCUGGGAUGGUGAGCAAGGAUACUGAAGGCAUUCUGUAUUUCAGAUAGAAUGAGGAGCAUCAUGCUCCUUACUUUACAGGUCACUCAGCUCACAGCAACAAAGAAGUAGGUGAAAUAUUCCCAAUUUGCACACAUGGAAAACUAAGUUCAGAGAGGUUGGGUAACUUGGCCAAGACCACACGGCCAACAGUGAAAUGACAGAAACAAGACCUGAUCAAAUUUUGCUUUCUGGCCGCUUCUCAGUGCCCCAGAAGGUAAAUAAGGCCCUGGUUUCUCACAUUUUUUUCCUAGUCUCUUGGAGAAUAUUUCUUGUGGACUCCUCCAGAGGUUCAAUCUCCGUUAAAUUCUUGAUAUCCUUAAAGCUUAAUGAUUUGCUUGUCUCUAGGUGUAAGCCCAUGCUCUGGAACAGGAAAUCCUUUUGUAGACAGUGACCCUUCAGACACUAGAUGAAGGAUCUUCAUACACAUGGGUUCAGCCCCCAGUGAUCCAGUUCAAGGGCAAAGGACCUGAGCCCCAACCAUCAGAGGAAGGAGGUGAGGCAUGAAUUUCUCUAGGGAAUUUGGACUGAAAUGACCUCUUGAGUUGAAAUUUUUUUGGCGUGUGACACUAAUUCCUUUUGACAAGGGUUAUUGAAGAACAUGACAAAGGUGACAUUUAGGGUAAUAAUGAUUAAAAGGUAAUAAGUCCUUUCAGAGCAGCCUCAGUAGUAUGGUCGGUUUUAAAUAUCUGUAUUUGAAAUUUCUACAUAUGGUCUAGUAGCAAAUGUUAUCUCAAGUAUUUUGAUGCUUACAUCCUUCAGUAGAUACAGAUAGGAUAUUAACACUGUAAAACUGUACUGACUUUUCUGAAAGUUACCCUUUAUUAUUACCAGAGAAGUAUAUAUGCAUUGUACAAAGUUAGAAAGUACAUAAAAGCAACAUAAGAAAAUAAAGCACGAUGUUCUGUCACUCA